CUCUGCAAAGUCUGCAGGCAAUAUCAUAUCACUGCGAGCUCUCUCCGCGUGCUCUUUGUUUGCUGCGUGCACGUGACCCUCCCUCAAAUCAUCCCUUUCCGAGCAACCCUUGCCCAGACCUGUCGCCGAGCGAAUAUGUCGAGCUGUCCUCGCCAGUGAAACGCUCGCCGACGAAUUUUGUGCAAAAGCCGAGUUUCAGCCGCGACUCUCGCCCCUUGAACGACUGUGUCGCGAGCAAUCGCACUCCGCAUUCGGUUACUCGGUUGUUGCUUAUUUGAUAAUCACCUGAAAUCAUGGUGAGUAAAGCAGCAGCCGCCCUGUGGGCCAGGCAAGGUGUGCGGCCAAACAACGGCCAGCAGUGGCCUCCCUCGUCCGAAGACAUGUAUGAGCCAAGCAUUCAUCAGGAGCGCGUGACAGGCCACUCUGGCGGCCUGGGCUCCAUCGCUUCAAUCGGCACCGCUAGCGCGACGCCGCCUUUCACGACGACUCCGCGGAUGACCACGUCGACAGCGGACUUCCAGCCGCCUUACUUCCCGCCGCCGUUCGCGCCGCAGCAGCAGCUUGAGUUCCACACCGGACACCUCAACCCCGACCCGUACUCUCAGCUCAACUCGCUGCACCAGUCGCACUAUCAGACACACCAGCUCGGGCAGCGCACCCACGAUGUCCUCCGCAGAUCUGAUGCAGAAUCACUUCACGUGGCGAACAUGCACUCAGCCGCUUUCUCGUACGAAAGCAAUCGGCGCGCCGACUACGGGGCCCGCCGACCAGACGUCCUGGUGCCAUCCGGCCACCCAGGGCUCGACGGACAGGAGCUUGUCCUGCAACAUGCUCUAUCUAACGUGGACGACAAUCAGAAUACCAACGUAGAAGAUGGAGCGUUUAUCAGCGAUCUUCCACUGUUGAAAGGAUCCUAUGUUUUAGGCAUCAAACCCCGUGGUGAGGUCACCAAAGACAUGGUUUUGAGUGGAGUGUCUGCCCCAACAGACAUCUUCUGCAGCGUGCCAGGCAGGCUGUCCUUGUUGAGCUCUACUUCCAAGUACAAGGUGACGGUGGGUGAAGUUCAGCGCAGACUGUCGCCUCCCGAGUGCCUCAACGCGUCUCUCCUCGGCGGAGUCCUCAGAAGGGCUAAAUCCAAGAACGGCGGCAGAUUGCUUCGCGAGAAGCUCGAGAAGAUUGGGUUGAACCUGCCGGCCGGGCGAAGAAAGGCUGCCAACGUAACCCUGCUCACGUCAUUAGUUGAAGGCGAAGCCAUCCACUUGGCGAGAGAUUUUGGAUAUGUCUGCGAAACCGAAUUCCCGGCGCGCCAGGUGGCGGAGUACCUCAGCCGACAGCACGCUGACCACUCCGAGUCUUACAGACGCAAGGAGCUUAUCCACGCCACAAAGCAGAUCACAAAAGAGCUGAUGGACCUCCUUAAUCAAGAUCGCUCGCCGCUGUGCAACACCCGGCCGCAGAUCAUCUUGGAGCCAGGCAUCCAGCGUCACCUAACACACUUUUCGCUCAUCACACAUGGCUUCGGCAGCCCGGCUAUCGUCGCCGCACUCACAGCGAUCCAGAACUUCCUGAGUGAGAGUCUGAAGCACCUGGAGAAGGUUUACCCGAGCGGCAACUCGCACGUGUCUGUCACCUCAUCGCAGAAUCUGGACACGAAGCCCAAGGACCUGGACAAGAAAUGAGGUUGGCUAAAGCGGGCCGGCAGCAGCGGCUCGUCUGCGUCGUCGCACGCGCCAAAUCACCACGGCAACAGCGGCGGCGGUAGUUACGUGGAGCCGCCCCCGGGCGCCCCUCUGCAGCCGCCCCCGCCACCCCCGCACCAUCCACUGGUGCACCCGGCGGACGCACUGUCCAGCCGCCGCUCGUGGGAGCACUUCAAAUAAAUGGGUGCUCUACACUCUUGCUGCUGUCUAAGAAGAAGCCCCUGAAAGGAUUUCAAAGAUAAAUUAGGAGAGAAGAAAACACGGAAUUGUGCGAGUCCUGCGUAAAGUACAAUAUGCAUCCACAUUCAAACUGGACACAUUUUUGCGUCUGUUCAUCGCCCCCACCUGCAGAACUCUUCUGUCUUGUACAUUUUCGCGAGUUUUUGGAACUCAAAGUGUUGUCUCUACUGUACAUAGUCGACUCUGGAGGCUUACAUAAUUGCUUAAGUUAAGUUCGUACGUUUGUUUGAAAUACGUGUAAGGCGAGAAAGUGUUGUUGGUGUGCUGACAAAUCCCAACUGGAGACCUUCAGGGAGAUGCCCAAUGCUCAAUGAUUGGGGAAGUUUUAACCUUGUCAUUGCGUUUAGACGAGCUGUAGGUCGCCGAAGGCUACGUCUAAUCAAUCUCUUGUUCGAGCAGUCCACUGCAGCGCUGAUUCUCGCUCACUAAGUGAACUGCCAUAAUUUCGUUCCGCCACUCAGCCAAAUUCGCUGGGAAUCUCUGCAAAAGACUGUCUCCAGAUGCAUGUAUUGCAAGUUAUGCAACCUGUAACACACAUAUCUCUAGACAAAAUCGCUCUCGACAAAGUUUUUUUUUUCAAGUUUUACUUUUUUAUUAGCGGAAUGUCAUGAAUGUGCUCAAUUUUGUCAAAUGUUUUCAGUUUUACCCCGUCAACUCUCCAAGAAAGUAAAGACUGCUCCUGUAGCUUUUAACUUUUUAAUAUUUGAUUCAAUGAAAGUACAGAGCAAAAGUGCCAAAAUCAGUUUUAUGACUCAAACAUCACGCACCGAAAUUCAGACUAUAGUAAUAAACGCAUUCCACGUCAAUAUUAAAAGUAAAAAAUUGAUCUCAUAUAUCUCCCAUUUUAGUGGUGUAAACUAUUGAUAUUAUAUGUUUUCUCGUCCCUUUUGUGUUUUAGCACUCCGCGCUAGCAUGACCAAUAUUAUAAUUCCACACUUACAAUAAUAUUUUUGCAAUAAAGAAUGAGAUUUAUAAUAUUUAUUUUUUCAGUGCCGAAUUUUGCCGGCUCUUUAUAGAACUCACUAUUAAUUUUUGUUGAUCGUUUUAAAUAAUUUUAUCAGAUUCGUUGACAAGGUUUAAGUUGAAUAUAGAAGCGGAGGAGCAGGGGAGAGCAACAAACGCCCCAUAUCCACCCUUGUUUGCACAUAAAGCAGAGUGUACAUUGUAGAGACGAAUUCAAAGCGCCAAUUUAACUUUCCCUUUAAGCUACAAAAAAACAGCUAUUGUAAAUAAUUUUUAAUGCUGAGCGGCGAAUGGGCGAGGAAAGUAAGAAAGCGAAUAUAUUGAUUUUCGUUGGAAUGCAUGCAUUUACAUACUAGAAAAGAGCAAAAACAGAUCACAUGUGUAAUUAAUCAUAUCAUAUCCACCGUUUAAGGUUAAGCGCCAUUCUUUCUAUCUUUCUCUCUAUCUCUCUCGUUGCCAUCUAAAGUCAUGUAAUUGAUUAAGCGUGAAUUACUAGUGCCAAUAGAGGAGAAAGCCGCCGUCCCCAUAUCAGGACGGGGGCCGCGACGGGCGCCCCCUUUCCGCCCGGUGAAGGGGGCCCAAGGAGCCCUGCGCGCGCAAUUCUUUGCAUUAUGUGUGCUUUCGUCACGUAUUGUUGUUAUGUACAAUUAUUUUUCUAUGAAUACGAUUGUAAUCUGCUGAUCAGCUACUUGCCUCAUUAUCUUGCCAUUUGUGUAAAAUACUGUGUAUAAUUACGAUCGAGGGAGUAUUCUGUCUCCAGAUCUGCCCGAUAAGUUUUUUUGGGUGAUGCACAAUGAAGAAAAUUAUAUUGUCAUCUGUCAGUAUACGCGCGCGCAUCAUAUGAGAAAUCGAUCGGUAUUCAACACAUUUAAUUACGAACGCUACUCCCAGCAACUUAUAAAAUAACCGUAACGCUAUUGAAUAAUGGGUGUGAAUUCAUUGAGAUACAAUGUGAGAGGUCGUUCAUUCGUCUGAUUUAUUAUUUAUACUUAAAAAAUUAAAUUGUAAGUGUACAAAGAGCAUCAGAAAAGCAAAAUUUGUCAGCGAAGAUUGACACAAAAAUGAGCAUUGAAAAUUAAAUAAUUGCGGCUUUCCAUUAUUAUUUGUGAUAUACGCUUUGUAUAGUUUGGUCGGUUUUAAUUUUUUGGAAUUUCUAUUGAAAUAACAUAUAUAUUUUAAGGAGACUUCGCUCGUCGCGAUAUUUAUAUGAAUAGAUUGUGAAAUUGCGACAACUCUUCAUGUGCAGAAAUAAAUUGUUCAAAUGUAUAAUAAAA